AUGUCAGAUUUCAAGCUCUACUCGCAAGUGAAUGAGAAGCGUCCUUUACCACAGGAUCCUGUGGUUCGUGCGGAUGUUGAACAUGUCCUUGAGCACGGUUAUGUGAUUAUUCCCAACUGUUUCACCAAGGCCGAGGCUAAGGAAGCCCGCGAUGAAAUAAUUCGAUUGUUGGGCAAGGAGCCUCUGAUAGGGCGAAACAGUUUCGAGGGACUAAACACCAACCGGAUCUAUUCAUUGCUCAACAAGACGCGAGUGUUUGACAAGUUUACCAUUCUGCCUCGGGUUUUGGCAUUGAAUGACUACUUCCUUGACCCAGGCUAUCUCCUGUCGGCAUUCCACACCAUCACCAUCAAUCCUGGAGAAAAGGCCCAAGGGCUACAUCAUGACGAUGGCUAUAUUCAAUAUGCCCGACCUCGACCGCCGUUUGGCUCGGCGAUUAUGGUAGCAUUCGACGAGUAUACGGCGUCCAACGGGGCAACGCGCAUUAUUCCCAAAUCACAUCUAUGGGGGAGCGAUCGAAAAGGGAGACCAGAAGAAACCAUCCCUGCGUUGUGUUCUGAAGGUGGAGUGGUAUACUUCAUCAGCACGCUUUGGCACGGAGGCGGAGAGAAUGUGUCAGACCAGCCACGUCAAAGUGCGACGGUGCAAUACUGCAACCCAUACAUUCGGCCGAUUGAGAACCAGAUCCUGGCGGUUGAUCCACGCAAGUUGGAUGAGAUUAAUCCGCGGAUUGUGGAAUUAAUGGGAUACAAACACAUGGAGCCGUUCAUGGGCUAUGCUGAUGGACUGGGCCCGCGGCGAGCAGCGAGGAGGAUGGUAAGAUGGCUGCAACACGAGGUGGACCAACAUCCUCCAACAUUUGCACAUGAAGCUCGAGAGCCAAAAUUGUGA